GACAUAAACUGAGGUGUAGUAGUAGAGAAUCAAAAUAUCACUUGAUUGUAAAGAUGAGGUGAUGUCCUUGGCAGUCCAGUGGCUAGGGCUCUGUGCUUUCAAUGUGGGCCCAGGUUCAAUCCCUGGUUAGGGAACUAAGAUCCCACAAGCUGUACAGUGUGGCCAAAAAAAUGAAGAUGAGUAAAAUAAGGCCUCAGGAGAUCUUCAGAGUGCCAGUGGUAGAGCCAACAUUGGAUCCCCAGGGUCCUACCUCCCCGUCCAGUACCCUUCAUCUCAGGCAGCAUCUGGAGUGCAGGGAACCUCCGGGCAGAGGAGACCCUGACAGUCCAUGGACUGUAUCCUUAUUACCUUUGCUUUGAUCCUCCAAGUGGGUCAGACUCUUGAGGAACCAAGCUAAAUAAGGCCCACGUGGUAAUUGGUAAUUACUGCACAUUGUGUCCGCUUCCCACUGAACAGUCCUGCCAGUCAGUGGAAAGUGAAGCUAUGAGAGGUGAAGCAACUUGUCCUAUGUCCUACAGCAAAGACCUGGGGAAGAUGUGAUUCAAACUCUCUUCUAUCCAAUUCCCAAAGCUAAGAUUUUUUUCUUUGUAUGUACCAAGAAACUCAAGAUUUCAGCAGUGAAAAUAGACCCUUUAAAAAAUAAUUUGAUACAGUGUGUUCAGGUUACAAGUAGAUACUGAACUUGUUUUGCCUUUGGGGACUAGUAAGACGCAUUUGCUGCGUUCAGCAUGCAUAGUUCACCAGAGGAGGAGACUAGAUUAUACUGGUAGUAAGUCAAUUGGGGAAUCAGAGUGCUUGGAGCUCAGGAUGGAAUAGGCGGGCAGGAAAUGACCAAGCAAAUGAAGGGUCUCCUGGACUAAGUCUGAGUCAGCUUUGACUUCCCUUUUCCUUACAUCCUAUAUCCAAGCUAUCAUGAAAUCGUGUUGGCUCAAAUACAGAACUUGAAACUGACCAUUUCUCAACCACCUCCAUUGCUACUACUCUGAUAGCUCGUCCAAGCCACCAUCAAAUCUCAUCUAGCUUUUUGCAAGAACUUCCCUUGAAUUCCCUGUUGAAUUCUCAAAAGAUUCCUAUGUCUGCACCUCACUCAAGAUGUGUGCCUGUGCUUAGCCACUCAGUCAUGUCUGACUCUUUGUGACCCCAUGGGGACCAGGCUCCUCUCUCCAUGGGAUUAUCCAGGCAAGAAUACUUAAGUGGGUUGCCAUGCCCUCCUCCAGGGGAUUUUCCCAACCCAGGGAUUGAACCCAGGUCUCCCACAUUACAGGUGGAUUCUUUACUGUCUGAGCCACCAGGGAAGCCCUCACUUCAGAUAUUCUAAUGUAAUUGAAAUGAAGUGGGGCCCAGCUAGAGGUUUUUUAGUUUAGUUUUGUUGUUUAGUUGCUCAGUCGUGUCUGACUCUUUGCAACUCCAAGGACUGUAGCCCACCAGGCUCCUCUGUCCAUGGGAUUUGUUUAGAUUUAAUAUGUAUUUAGCCGUGAUACGUCUUAGUUGCAACACCUGGGAUCAUCCAUCUUUGUUGCAGCAUGUGGGAUCUUAAGUUGUGGCAUUCAAACUGUUAGUUGAGGCACAUAGGAUCUAGUUUCCUGACAAGGAAUGAAACCUGGGCCCUCUGCUUUGGGAGCGCAGAGUCUUAGCCACUGGACCACCAGGGAAUUCCCAGAGGUAUUUUUUAUAGCACCCCAGAUGAUUUGAACUUGUGGCUAGGGUUGAGGACCACUCUUUCAAUAUGUGAAUCUCAUGUCUCCUUUCUGGCCAAAUCCUCCAACACUUUGCCUUUCAUUCAGUAGAAGCCAGUGGUCUACGGGGCCAUAUGUGAUCUGGCCUCCUGUGACCUCUCUUUCCUCCUCCUCAUUCUUUUCAUUGCAGCCACACUGGCCUUUGGUUCACUGAACAAACAAGGUACACUUCUACCUCUGGGCCUUUGCCCUUGUUCCUUCCACCUGAAAAAGUCUUCACCUAGCAAUCUACAUGGCUUAAUCCUCAACCUUCUUUAGGUCUGUGCUCAACCAUCACCUUGGUGAUGAUGCCUUUUUAGUUCCACCCUCUUUAAAACUAACUCCUGCUCACCAUUCUCUCUCCUUUCCCUGUUCUAUUUUUCCUUUUAGCACUUGUCACCGUCUGACUUCUGAUAUAUUUUAUGUACAGUGUCUGUUUCUUCCCUGGGGAGAUUUGGAAUUUUGUUACUUUUUUUAAAAAAAUGCUACUUUUUUUUAUUGUCUGUCUGAAAUACAGUAGGGGCUCAUUAAAUCUCCGCUGAAUAACUGAAUUUCCUUAUGUGUUUUGGAGGAGUUUGGUGCAUGGUUUGGGCCAGGUAGAAUCUGAGGCACUAAGGGAUACCAGGAGAGAGAUCUGGCACUUGCGUUUGAAGCAGAUGAUGACUGAAGCUGUAGGACCAGCCCAGAGGAACAUGGACACAGGGACAGAGGAGCCGCCAAUCCUGCUUCUCCCUAUGUUCAUCUUGCUGGGUGAGACCCCCAUCUGCCUGGUCACCAGACAGGCAACAGAAGUCAUUCUGGACUCCUCACCUCCGCAUCUCACCUCUCAAGCAAGUUCUCCAUUAUUGUCUAAAUAUAGCCAAAGUCUGCCGCUUCCCGUCUGCCUACACUAUCACAGCCAUCCCCUCCCCCAGACUACUGGCAACAACCCAGUCUUAGGUGCCUCUGUUCUCCACCACGCAGUUUAAAUGGUUUUCUAAAAUAGCUGACCUCCCUCCAUCGUCGGAAAAUCUUUCAGUGGGCUUCCUGCUGCCCUGGGGAGCCAAAGCCCAGCUCCCACAAGGCCUUCUGCGCACGUGGCCCGGAUUCUUCUCUAAAAAUGCAUUUCUUGCCACUCAGCUUUUAGGCCCCCAAGGCGCAGGACCCCUUCACACCUCCCGGCCUGGGCUCAGGACUCCAAGCUGAGAAAGUGAUGCCUGUUGGGGAAGGCCUGCCUGAGUCCAGGCUGCCUCCUCUGCCUCCUGAGCCUCGCCUCUCGCAUGCUCGUUACUGUCUGGCCGCCUGUCCCCCGCAUGGCUGGGGGCGCCUGAAGGAAGUAUUGUAAUUGCGAAGUGUCCCUGUGGGUCACUGCUGCGUCAGGUAGAGGUAGCCCCAAGGAGGCAGAAGAGGAGCCAGGAUCCAGUCGGAAAAGCCAAUGAGCGAGGGUGUAGAGUGUUCGGCUGCGUCAGCGAGGCGAGGCCUGAACCGCCCUCAGGAGGAGGAGCCUGGGGUCCAGCUCCGCGCGAGCGGCCCUCGCUCCCACCAAGGGUCACUGGUCACUCUGCGCCCGCAGACCUGACGGGGGUCGCAGGGCUAGGUCUCACCCGGCUGCCCUCUCAGGCGAGCUUCUGCAUCCGAGCGGAAAGGUCGGGGACGCCCGCCAAGCCACGGAGCCGGUGGCUUGCGCUCCGCGGCCCCACAGGAAAGCAGGCGUUCUUUCUGCGCAGGCGCGACGCUCUGGCCGGGAGGGGCGGGGCCUGGACGGGUCGGGGGCGGAGUCACCUCUGGGCCCGCCUCCACUAGCUCCUCUGGCCUCCGAGUGCUGGGCACCCGGGCUAUUCUAGGGGCUUCAGGUGAGCAGGGGGAGCAGAGGGGUCAGGAGACCUCCCUCGAGGUCGGGUCGUCGGUCUGACUGCAGGCCCAUCUGUCCUGCCGUCUGCCAACAGCCGCCUCCGCGGAGAAUGGGAGAACAAAGGGAGGGGGCGGUACUGGGGCCCCUGCGGGAAUCCAGGGUCCCAGCGCCCCCGCCUUGCCCGCUGACACUUUCGGUUUCUCCCCGAGUCAGACGCGCCGCCCUAGAGACCCUGGGUCGGCGCUGGGCGCAGCUGCCUCUCCGCGUUUGCCUGUCGGUCUUUGUGUCUGUCUUUGUGUCUGUCUGCUGUCUUCGAGCUUGCCUCCACUUCUAGAACUAAACCUCUGGACACCGACAUCCCACGAAUCCUCGCCCCUCUCCCAUGGCAGGCUACUUGCCCCCCAAAGGCUAUGCCCCUUCGCCCCCACCUCCCUACCCUGUGACUGCUGGAUACCCGGAGCCAGCACUGCAUCCCGGGCCUGGGCCCGGCCAGGUGUCCGGACCCGGGCAGGCCCCAGUGCCCGCCCACGUGCCUGCCCCUGCGCCGGGCUUUGCUCUCUUCCCCUCGCCCGGCCCUGGGGCCCCGGGACCAGCUGCCCCCUUUUUACCAUUGCCAGGGGUGCCUUCUGGUCUCGAAUUCCUGGUGCAGAUUGAUCAGAUCUUGAUUCACCAGAAAGCUGAGCCGGUGGAAACGCUCUUGGGCUGGGAGACCUGUAACCGCUACGAACUGCGCUCUGGGGCCGGACAACCUCUGGGUCAGGCGGCAGAGGAGAGCAACUGCUGUGCCCGGCUGUGCUGUGGUGCCCGCCGGCCCCUGCGGGUCCGCCUGGUGGACCCCGGGGACAGAGAGGUGCUGCGCCUGCUCCGCCCCCUCCACUGUGGCUGCAGCUGCUGUCCGUGUGGCCUCCAGGAGAUGGAAGUCCAGGCCCCACCGGGCACCACCAUUGGCCACGUUCUACAGACCUGGCAUCCUUUCAUCCCCAAGUUUUCCAUCCAGGACGCUGACCGCCAGACCCUCCUGAGAGUGGUGGGGCCCUGCUGGACGUGCGGCUGUGGCACAGACACCAACUUUGAGGUGAAGACCCCAGACGAAUCCCGCAGUGUGGGCCGCAUCAGCAAGCAGUGGGGGGGCCUGCUCCGAGAAGCCCUUACUGACGCAGAUGACUUCGGCCUGCAGUUCCCGCUGGACCUGGAUGUGAGGGUGAAAGCUGUGCUGCUCGGAGCCACAUUCCUCAUUGACUACAUGUUCUUCGAGAAGCGAGGAGGCGCUGGGCCCUCUGCCAUCACCAGUUAGAGGCCCUCUGUGGGUGAGGAGACCAUCAACUCAACCAGAAUUCAGGAUGGUCACCCGCCCUGGCCCCUGCUCAGAGGCAGCCCCUUUCCUCCGUGCACACUGCAGGCGAGAGACAGGGAAGCCUGAGAGGCUGGAGGCUUGGGGCCCCAUCCCUCCCCUGCUCCCCUGGCCUCCUUCACCUGUGGCCCCCACAGAAGGGUAUGUAUGAGAGCCCUUCCCCUGCUACUUCCCGCCACAUUUCCAGUGGUCCCUCAGCAUGCAGGCACAUCGGCUUUCAAGUGUUCCCUACCCACUUCCUCCCAACCCCUUCCAGGGCUUCUGCUCCAGACGAGGCCUUAGAAUGCAGGACUCUGGGGUUUUCUGACAGGGCUGGGGGUGGGAAAGGCACCAAAGAUGGCAGACCUGGCCACCCUUUCCCCGCAUCCGCUUGGUCAAUUCGUUCAGCCUCAGAUGAUGGCACUCUGAGGGCAUCCUACCUCCCCACUAGGGCCAGGACCCCAGUGCCAACUUCCUCUCCCUCAGCUGGUGCUUGCUUCGACUUCCUGUGCCUUAACCACCCGUUCCUUCCCUUGCCCCAGGAAGGAAGCUGUAUCUUUUUAUGUUACAUUCAUAUAAACUUUGUAAUUUUUUGCACA